AUGCCUUCUGCAGAGGAGAAGAGCAGGAGGGAGCCUUCGGUGGAAGUGGCCGACGGCAGUGUGGCAUCAUCUGAAGGUAAUGGGGGGGUCAUCCAUAUCGAUGCUACUUCAACAGCGGUGUCGAUAGCCCCCUCUACUGCGACUACUAUUGGGUCUACUCAGCCAUCUUCCGCCUCCGCAACUCCGGUAUCGUCGGUUUCCAUACCAUCUUUAGAGGAUCAAGCUCACUUUAUUAUAAAAUCUAAAAUUGAGACCAAGCCGAAGGAAGGCGAUUUGGGGUAUAUCAUUUCUGGCCCCUGGUUGAAUCAACUCUUGGCAAAAUUCUCGGACUCUGGAGUUCAGCUCACCAAGGAAGGUGCCGAAGGAGAAAUAGGGCUCAUAGACAAUUCUGAUUUGGUGGACACAACUCAAAUGCAAGGACAAGCCAAGAAAACUUCGGACGAUAGUACCGUCGAGGAUUCUGCUGUUCCGGAGGACUUUGUCGCCAUCAAGCCGGGCAUUCUAGGCGAUGACUUUGAGAUUUUGCCAGAGGAAGCCUGGAAUUCACUUGUUUCUUGGUACGGUCUAGCUGAAGGCUCCCCUGUUAUUACUCGGAGAGCGGUCAAUACCUCUGAGACGAAUGUGCCACAUAUCCAAUAUGAGAUCUACCCGCCCACGUUUACGUUUUACAAACUCCGAGAUCCCAGCACCAACAUAACUAAGGACGUGUUGGACAAGGAGAAAUCGCAAUCACCAAAGAGGAUCACUGCCGGCAAAACCGACGGCUUCCAAAAGCUCCUGAGAAAAGUCAAGAAGUUGGCCGGCGUGGAUGCUGCGAGAAAAAUUCGUCUGUGGAGGAUAAUAGAGAGCUCGUUCGAGCACGAUUUGGAGCCCGCUAGUAAAUCGUCAAGGAAGGCAGGCUUGGGUGCUGGCGGCACAAUUGUCAUUGAAGAGCAGGGCUCGGAUGGUGAAUGGAUCAGCGAGAAACCGACCAAGUCGGUUAAGAAGGGCGGUCAGCAGGUUACUGUGGCUCUGAAUGGAAAGAAUAUCACGGGGGGGCCGGUGAAGAAGAAAGCUUCCGCAAGGCCGGACAGCCCUUCUGGGAGUACUAGCACAGCUGUUAUCAGAUCCGGAUUUCUCAAUAGACCUGCAGAACGUCGGGAUGGCAGACCCUUAGGUAAAUGUGGGCUGAGCAACUUGGGUAACACCUGUUACAUGAACAGCGCCCUGCAGUGCUUACGCAGUGUUACCGAACUGUCUAACUACUUUCUCUGCAAUAAGUAUAUGGAGGAAUUGAAUCCUAGUAAUCCACUUUCUCAUAGCGGGAAGGUAGCAAAGGCGUAUGCGACUCUUCUCGGAUAUAUCUUCUCGCCAACAUGCCCUGUAUCGGUAUCGCCCAGGGAGUUCAAAAGCACCAUCAGUCGCUUUAGCCUGUCGUUCUCGGGAUAUGGGCAACAGGAUACUCAAGAGUUUCUGGCGUUUCUCCUCGAUGGUUUGCAUGAGGACCUUAAUAGGAUUCAGAAGAAGCCAUACAUUGAAAAGCCAGAAUCGACCGAUAAGAUGGUUGGAGAUGGCGAGGCGAUUGCAAGGCUUGCCCAGGAGCAUUGGACCAUAUAUAAGCGGAGAAACGAUUCAGUCAUUGCGGAUUUGUUUGGUGGGCUUUACCAGAGCACUCUUGUGUGCCCUGACUGCGAGAAAGUUAGCAUUACCUUUGAUCCUUUCAUGGACCUAACGUUACCAUUGCCAGUUGAAAAUGUUUGGGGCCGAGACAUAUACUUUUACCCUAGCAGUGCCUCUGGUGGGGGGUUAAUCAAGAUUCCAGUAGAGAUGGAUAAAAACAGCAGCAUCAAAUCAUUGAAGGAGCAUCUUGCAAGAAAAUUUAAUCUUGAUCCUAAGAAGACUAUGGCUUCGGAAGUCUACAAGGGAAAAUUUUUCAAACACUACGAAGAUUUCCAGACUGUUUCGGAAACAAUUCGACAAGACGACGAUGCCUUCAUCUACGAGCUGGACGAUGUUCCGACUAACUAUCCCCCGUCAAAAAGCAAGAAACCAAGGAGGACCGGUUUCUAUGGACCGAGUUACGUAUUUGGAUUGCCUUUCUUCAUUGUAGUAAACAGGGAUGAGGUGAGAAGCUUUGAUGCGAUCGUGAAGAAGAUAAUCGCAAAGUAUCAGGUGUUGACCACUCGCAAUUUCUACGAGAGCGAGGCAUCUCCAAGUGAAUCUGAAACUGAAGAGGUAGUGGAAGUCAAGGAUGAGCUCGAAGAUAUAAACGAAACAGAGGAGGAGACUCAUGAUGGAUUCGUGGAUGUUUCGAUGAAGGAUGCUUCAUCUAUGGUCGGAUCAGACAGAAAGGCUGUGAAGAGUCCAAGGCGGCCGCUCCCAGCGGGAAUAGAGGAUCUUUUCACAGUUAUGGCCACAAAACGAAGAUCAGGUGACUCCGCUGUCGUAACAGGAUGGCAAGCGCUAGAGACCGCUUUUGAUAUCAGAGAACGGUUAAAUCAUGUGCAAUCGGCUAGUCCUCCACGGCGUAAGACCAGCGACUACUUCACCAAUGAGCGAAAGAGGAAGGGAAUUCACCUUGAAGAUUGCCUCGAUGAGUUCGCUAAGGAGGAGGUUCUCUCCGAGGAAGACCCCUGGUUUUGCCCGCGCUGUAAAGUUCAUAGGCGAGCCAGCAAAAAGUUUGAGCUGUGGAAGUGCCCAGAUAUUCUUGUCAUCCAUCUUAAACGGUUCUCCAGCUCGAGGAAUUUCAGGGACAAGAUUGAUGUCUUGAUUGACUGUCCCGUCACUGGCCUAGAUCUUCAAGAGCGAGUUGGGCUCAAGGAGGAAGGAAAGAGUUUAGUCUACGAUCUGAUUGCGGUAGAUAAUCAUUAUGGCGGGUUAGGUGGUGGUCAUUAUACAGCUUGUGCAAAAAGCUGGAUUGACGGCAAAUGGUAUCACUAUGAUGACUCCAGCGUUAAGGAAGUUGGAGAACAGAAAGUUAUUACUUCAGCUGCAUACCUCCUUUUCUAUCGGCGCCGAUCCGAAACCACACUUGGUGGACCGCGUCUUAACUGGAUGUUGAGUGAACCAACAGAUUCACCGGGCUCAGCUUCCUCUUCACGGAAUACAUCCCCUACCAGGGCGGGGGAAGGCGGACCGUCCGGCGAUUCCUCAGCUACAGUUUUACCGAAUGGCCGAUCGUCGGGCGGUGGUACGAGCGGAUUAUCGACUAUCUAUAGCACUCCGGGUAACUCUAAUCUCUGGGGCAAUGAGCCACCACCGUCGUAUUCUGAGAGCAGUGGAAUGGAAAUGAUUUUGAUGCCGGGAACUCAAGGUUCACCUACUUCUAGCAAGGCACCUACCGUAGGAUUUAGCUUUGGCUCGAGAGGUGGAUUGCUGAGGGAUAGUACUGAUGAUGGGGUGUUUAUCGGUUCCUUGCUUGGCCCAGCUGAACACACCGACAUACCUACAGACAUCACAGUCGAUGAUGACGAGGGGUUAUUGCCGACCUUGAGUGAUGGGAACAAUGACACAGCUGGGGUGCACGACGUCACCGAUCCUAUGGAACCGUAAGUGAAAGCGUGGAGGGAAGGAAGGUGGAAGGGGGAUCUGUGCAUUUGGCCCUGUUCAUAUAUUCUUUAGCGAUGGCAGGUUAAGGAUUUCGGCAUGUAGAGAAGUUUUGAGGGGAAGUACUUUUUGUGCUUUUCGUUGUCUUGCUUUCCACUCUUUCCUUUUUCUGUUUAUCUUCCUACAGUCGUUGUACCUUCUUGUGCCCACGAUGGCCUUGGUUUAGGAGAUGGGGGGGUUGUUCUUUGAGUUUAUACUCGCACAUCUGGCUUAAUGGCGAAAUGAGAUGUGUGACGAUGACGUGAUUCAUGAUAAAAGCAUUAUUUUCAUUUUUUUCAUCUCUACCCACCUCUCCUCCUAUUACUUUUUCAGUUGGUUGCUCCGUGAGCUUAUGCGUUAUCCAUCCAUACAUUACAAAUAAGUUGGAAUGUGUAUUCAUUUCAUUCUUUCUUUGCUCUUCAUCUCUUUACUUUUAUCUUUCAUUGGGACGGACACGAUAGCCAGCUCCUGUUACGCUGUGAUCUAUAACAAUUUGCUAUAGUAGUAACCUGUUUUCUUCUUCUAGAGCUGGAGGUACAUUGUAGGUACGUGUGGGUUGGGUUUAGUUGGACGAUUUCGAUGGAUAUCAUAUAUCAUGGCUUAACUUACCUUGAAUUAACUUGAUGGAAUGUUCUCAUA